AAGAUCGACGUUUAAGAAUUUUCAAAAAUUUUUAGUGAUUUAUCGAAUGUGUGUCAAACAGCCAUAUGGAAAGCGAGAAAGAAGCAUAUUUGAACUUUUCGCUUACUGGUGAAACCCCCCGAGUGUUUUUUGAUGCUCUAACCUGUUUAUGUAAGAAUUUUGGAAAGACCAAGAAACAAGUUUUAUGGGUGUCACAAGCUGCUCGUGGAGGUUUGAAGUUGGUGGUUGAAGAAGAGUUGAGUUUCCAAGCUUCUAUUCUUGUUCGUCAAAAUGCCUUUGCGACGUUGGAGGUUUCGGAAAAUUUUGAAGGAUUCUGUGUGUUUCUAACCGAUUUCAUAGAUGGGCUAAGUGUUUUGGGCGUCACACAAACCUCACAAAGCUUCAAUAAUAUGUCAACUUCAAGAGCCAAUGUUCUUCGAGUUGUUCAAGUCAUGGAAAAUGAACCGAUUUAUCUAAUCCUGCACGAUCCAGAUUUUGUGACGCAGUGUCGUUUGAAAACAAUCCAAGCUGAGCCUCCUGUUGACUUUUCUUUCUUUGCAUCAUCCGUAGUUUGUUCUGCAAUUUUAGCGUCUGAUUUGCUGCGUGAAGCUCUCCAAGAAAUUGAUGUUGCGGGCACAGAAGCUCUAAAAGUUUCAGUGAAGCGGGAAGGUCCUAUGCCGACCAUAACCCUACAGGGUGUUGGCAGAGAUGGGACAACAGAUACGUACGGAGGCUUUAUUGGGAUAUCCGUAUGUAUCGAAUUUCCAUCUCCAACAGAAUCUUCUUCCGAUGUCUUUGCCGAAUUUCAUGUGUCUGAUGAGUUUGGUGGAGUUGUGUUUCCUAUGCAUUUUAUCCGUCGAUGUGUGCGAGCUUUGGCCUUUUCUGACACUUGUCGACUUCGCGUAAACCAAACUGGUGUUCUUUCUCUUGUCAUUCGUUUCCGAACUGGUUCGAAAACCCCAGAACAAUGGAUUGAAGUUGCUUCGAGUUACUGUUUUCUGGAGUAUUUGAUUCGCUCUUUGGAAGGUUGAUAGUGGAGAAACCGUUUGUUGCACAUUUUUAGUCGGUAUUACAAUAAUAAUGGACUGUUCAUUACAAAACUAAUUAUUUCAUACAUUCACAUGAUUUAUCUAUCAAAGAAUGGUUUUUUAGAACUAGUACUGGUGAACCUGUCUAUAUAUUCGAGUCUGUAAUUCUUCUUGGCUUAAUUGACAAUUGCGAUGAAGAAAUUAUAGAUAUCACCAGCCAUCGAAGGCUAUUCAAUAUUUUAGAAUGAAUAUAGAUAUUCUAUUGAACUUUCAUGAUUCGCUCGCUUGAUAAUUUUUGCAUAUAAUAGAAAUCAGCAGUAGCUAAGUUUAGGUGAAUUGUUUUUUGCCCUUUUCAUUUCAUGGUGUGUCGGGAACAAGUCUCUAGUCACAAAAAGAAUAUCCAGCAGAUACGGAUUGAGGAGACACUG